UCUCUCAAAGACCAAGCCGGAGGAAAGGACUUAGGCGAAGCUGGUAACACUAAAUACCAUUCACUGGUAUUGCGACGGACCGGAACCUACAGCGGCUGCCGUCAAGUACGAAACACAGAUAAGGAGGCAGAUGGACGAUGCUAAGAGAAGAGCCAUGAUCCGGUCAAAGGCUGCAAAGAAGACUGCUGACGACGCUCCCCCUGCGACGGGCCCAAGCAAUCCGUCUGCGAAGCGGAAAACUCAGCCCAAAGCGGAUCGCCAGGCCAAGAAGGCCAAAGUGUCUUUAGAUUCCGUCGUGGGACUCAUGGCGGAGCCUCCGAAGACGGUCACUCCAACCAAGCACGGGGUUGGCAAGGGCUUGAUGAAAGGCCCGUCGAAGGAUGACGAGAAGCCGCCCGUCCUUCUUCGAGAGGAUUCUAAGCAUGCCUUAGAACAGAUUUCCUCCAUCAUCUCGGCGGAGGAUUAUGAAGAUUUAGGCAACCACUCGACGGAGGCCAUGGGUGAGACGGGCCUGUUUGCAAUUACACAGGUAAGAUAGUCCGUCUACUACUCAAAUACAACUUAAAUCAUCUGCCGAAAGUUUGUUUUAUAACUAUGUUGUUAUUUUUUAGGCAAUGGUCAUGAUGAAGGGGCUGAUAGGACGGUGCCUCAGCCAAGAGACGGCCUUGGAUCGUGUACGGGCCAAGGCGGAGAAGACGGAGGAAGAACUCCUCCAAUUGCGAAACUGGAGACCCAAGAUAGAGAAGAAGCUUGAGCUUUCGGAGAAGGCAAGGAAGAGCCUUGAACAGAUGACGGAGGAGGCAAAGAAGGCUCUAGAAAGCAAGGACAAAGAGAUAGCCGAGCUGAAAAAUGAAGUCCGUCAGGCUAAGGACGUGGCGGUUCGUGAAUACCGUGACUCCGACGCCCUAAUCACUGAGCUGGGCGAUUCUUUCCAUCAAGGCUUCAUGGAUUCCCUCCAUCAAGUCAAGCAAGCUUAUCCAGACGUGGACGCUUCCAAGUUCAAAGUUGAAGACCCGGUUCAGUCAUCCGUCGUGCCUGUUGCCUCCGAGGAUACAGACGACCUCUUUGAUGUCGACGAUGCCGUUGGUGACGGGGCGUCUGCACCAGCAAAAGUUGAUCAAGCUGAGCCUGACACGGAGACGGUUCCUCAGCCCGUCAAUAAUGCAGACAAGGCUCAGUAGAAGGAUUUUUUUUUUUUUUUUUUAAUACUUUUUGGAACAAUUCUCAUCCGUUGUUGAUGAUAUGUAAACAUUGCCUUUUAAUGGCCUAUUUUGUUAAAUGAAUCCGUGCACUUCAUUUUA